UUGGCAUCAGAGAACCGAGCAAAUUCCCAGUUUGCAUUCUUUCUCAUCCAGAAAACGAUAUCAGAAGCACGUAGAUUUCGCCCCUGCGGCACUGCCUCCUUCUAACUUCGGCGAUUUAUUUCAUUCUCUCUUAUUUAAGGACAAGAGCAAAUCUAUUUUGUACUAAAUGGAACAUCUUUUGGGACUUUUGAGAAUUCACGUCCACAGAGGAGUGAACCUCGCAAUCCGAGACCUCCGAAGCAGUGAUCCUUAUGUUGUCAUCAGAAUGGGCAAACAUAAACUGAAAACUCGGGUGAUCAAGAAGAACCUGAACCCAGAGUGGAACGACGAGCUGACUCUCUCGAUUGCCGACCCGAGCCUCUCCAUAAAAUUGAUGGUGUACGACAAGGACAAAUUCAAACUUGACGACAAGAUGGGGGACGCCGAGAUACACAUCGGACCCUUUCUUGAUGCGUUGAGGAUGAGAUUGGAUGAUGUCCAGAGUGGAACCGUGAUCACCAGAGUGAAGCCAGGCAGGGACAACUGCUUGGCAGAGGAGAGCUGUAUCGUGUGGAGUGAUGGCAAAGUGGUGCAGGACAUGGUGCUCCGGCUCUGCAAUGUGGAGCGUGGUGAGGUCGAGCUCCAACUUCAGUGGAUCGACGUUCCCGGUUCCAGGGGCCUGCAGGAGGACUAGGUCUGUCAAAUUUGAUCAUUGUGAGUUCACUUCAAUGUACAGAGAAAGCUCUGAAUGAGUCCUCAAUCAUUAUUUGAUUCUUUUUUAACUUUUCGGGCAUGUAAGUUGUUUUGAGUGAUGAGAACCUGAGCCAGUGUUUGGAAGAAUCACCAAACCUGAAACAUUCUGCAGGCAAAGCUAAGGUUCGAAAAAAUCAAGUUCAUAUGAACCUUAUGGAAUGAAGAAGACUCCAAAGUUGUGCUUGGUU